GGGGAGGGGGCCGUAUCCUCAGCGCAGCCGGCGGGGAUGGAGGCGGCGGGCGGCGGCGGCGAAGGGCCGGGCUGUGGCUGCAAGGGGAUCCGCUCCUGCCUGCUCUGCGAGGGGCCCGCGCAGGCCGCUCCGCCCCCGCAGGAUAAAGACAUUACUAGGAAAGAAGUGGCUUCAAGCAAGCGGCACAGUAAUGCUGCAGCUGUAAAAAAACCAGGGAAGAGCUGUUCCCCGAAAGCAGCUGUAAAAUUUCUCAUGUCUACAAGAAUCCUGUACAGACAGUUUUCAUGCUGCAACAUCAAGCUUGCAGGGGGAGAAGAUAAUUUCACUUACUGUCCAGCAACAGGCCUAGCUAAAGGAAAUGAGCACUCGGAAUUUGCUGGCUGGGCAUUUCCAUUUCCAGGGGUGUUUCUGACGGAGGAGUUCAUUAGCGAAGAUGAAGAAUCUGAGAUAGUUGAACUGAUGGAUCAAGAUGACUGGAAACCAUCACAGUCUGGCCGAAAGAAACAGGACUAUGGACCCAAAGUGAACUUCAAGAAACAAAGGCUGAAAGCUGGCAGCUUUACCGGUUUGCCAAGUUUUAGUAAAAAGAUUGUGGCACAAAUGAAGGCCUGCUCUGUACUAGGUGGUUUCUUACCUGUUGAACAAUGUAAUCUGGACUACAUGCCAGAAAGAGGUUCUGCCAUCGACCCACAUUUUGAUGACUGGUGGCUUUGGGGAGAGCGUCUGGUUAGCCUAAACUUGCUCUCAAAAACCGUGCUAUCCAUGUCUUGUGAUUCAGAGGACAGUAUCCAAUUAUUUCCCACUUUCAGUAAAGAAAAUGGGGAAUUAAAUCCCCCUGGAUCUUUUACACAGACGUCAGCGUGCAAAAAUUCAGACGAAGAGGGAAUCAACUGCAUUUUAUCCCCAAGGCUUGUUCCAAGUAAAGAGGUGACUGUUGCCAUUCACUUACCUCGAAGGUCUCUGGUGGUGCUGUACGGUGACGCACGGUACAAGUGGAAACACGCGAUUUACCGCAAGCAUAUAGAGCAUCGCCGAAUCUGUGUCACGUUCAGGGAGCUGUCUGCAGAGUUCAGCGCCGGAGGAAGGCACGAGGAACUGGGUAAAGAACUGCUAGAAAUAGCUCUUUCAUUUCAAGGAAGACCAGUGUGAUCAGCAAGAGGAAGCCAGAAUUGCAUUUUGCUAGGAAAUUUGAAAAAUAAAGUACAGAAUUUGUACAACUCGGUUUAUUUCUGAAGUGUGCGUAAGGAACCAGGUGUGUACAGAGGUAAGCUCAAUCAAAUGGAAAUUUAACAAAGAGAAAUAAGGGAGUGCAAGGAAGGGGUGGGCUGUUUGUUUCUUCGAAGACUCUCCUGGGCAAUGUGAACUUCUAGGCAAAAGUCAGAAAUGAGCUGUUGUAUUCAUUGUAACAAAAUGCGAAAAGCAAAUAGCCGGUUUUUAAAUACUUAAAUGAAACCAAGAAAGAAACCUAGAAUCAUUAAACUGAACUGAGUAUCAAACUGCCCUUGGCACAGAUUCAGCCCAAGCUCCGCAGCAGAUUUUGACCUUUCCUGGCCUGUACUUGAUUCUGUCAUACUGCUUUUAGCGUUACACUGUGCCGUAGGGACACAACUAUCUUCUCACCCGCUUCAGAUAGGUCCUUUAGAGAUCAGCUCUCCAGGGGAGGAGGGUAAGCAAGCAUCUCUCCACAGAUAGUACAACACACUGAGAACUAAUUAAAGUAAUUAUCCUUUGCUGAAGAUUCAUGCUCUAACAGUGAGGAUUAAUCAUAAAUGCUGUGUGUGACCUAUAUCUUCUGGGACCAAAGAGCAGCGUUUGCAGAGGGCCGAUGCCGACUUUUCCGCAGAGACGGCUUGGACAGAGUUCAGACCAAAGGCUUGCACAGACUGUGUUAUUUUCUGAUCAUUUGUCAUCUCUGAACCCCGCUGUCAACUCUCAGUAGCAAGAGUCUGAUUUUGGGAAUAAGCUGGGCAACAGACUGCAACACUGGCGGCUAUCAUUUUUUUUCUUGGCACCUCCAGCAGUCAGGUUUGAAUCAUGCCUUGUACCUAAGAUUCAAGUAGUCAUUUGUAGCAGAAGCUGAUUUGAGGCCAUCUGUCUGCUCUGAACAAACUUCUGUGCUCUUGAAAAUGAAGUUGUGCCGCGGAAGGAGGGUGAUCCUUUAAUAAACACAGAUGUGUCAUCAAAACCAUUCAGCACAGUCACACCUACAGCAAUAAAACAACACUUCACAAUGCUGCCUGGUUUUGGUCGGUAAGGGAAGGGGUCACACACUUAUUCUGUGGGAUCUCGGCGUCCCUGCACAGGUUUAUCCUGCCCUAGCAGUACUGCCUGGGCGCAAUGCACAGGUUUUACUGUAUAGAAAUGCACUCGUGCCAUAGACACUGCCCUCCCCUUCAGGCACUGCGGGGGAGGGAGCUCUUCACCCAACAAGAAAUCAGUUGGGUGAAUCAGGAUUUUUUUUUUAUCAGUUUAAGCUAACAGACACAACCACACUCCUUCGUGCCUGCAGUGAACCAGUUUCAGUUUACCCCAGAAUUUAAACAGUUGUGGACAUCGUCUACGUGAUAAUUCCAGCAGAGACCCGCGAGCAGGGCUCCCACGGGCAGUCCUAAACCCCAAACCUCCAUCCAGACCGGCUGGUGAGUGUCACCUACGUGCUCCAGCAGCAGUUUCGGCAGUCGCAGCAUGGCCUCUCUGACGGAAACCCGUCACUGCAAACGCAGCCAGCCAACGUGCAACAGGCAGGCCACGCUUGCUCACAGCGAGCUUUAUCCCAGGAAACUUCUCAUAGGCUACCGCUUCUUCAGCUCACUCCCAAAAGCAGGUCCUUGUGCUCUGAAAAUAGCGGCUCCUAACCUUUUUCUGGCAGACUGGUGUGAUCAGCGCCGUGCCGCCGGUGUCCACGGGGCUCAGCAGCCGUAGAGAGCGUGAUGUCCCCAGGCCAGCUCCUGGAGCUGCCGUCGGAGCAGAGGACCUUCAGCCAAGCAGGAGGACACGGCUGGCAGCCCGCUGGAGCUCAGCACGAAGGCACGCUACGGGAGGAAAUCCAGGGCAGGCUUUCAUCGAUAAGGCAAACAUUGAGCCCAUACCCUCAUCACCCUUUCAGCACUGAGCCUCUCCAGCAAUCUGCUCUUUGCUCAGCAAACUGCGGCAAUCAAGUAUUUCCAUUAAUGUUUGGCCCUUAUUUCCAAUGCUCCCUUUUAGAUUUGUAUUGUGCUCUCAGCCUGUUAAAAUACUUUCUGUGCGCGUACCUGCUGUUUCAUUCUCUCCGCAGUGAAAGCAGAUGAUGGCUUCUGAUGAAUCAGAGUGCCACAAUAACAAGAUACACAAUAUUAGUUCAUUCUGUGCUCUGCAUUUGUUAGCUGAAUUUUUCUGCCUCAGUCGAACUAUACGGGAAGCUGCCAUUCUUGCCAGAAAAUUCCAGCUCUUUCUAGUUGACAUCUUAAAUUUGAAAAAACGCAAAUAAUUAAAUA